AUGGGGCCCCCAGGCAAUAGGGGAUCAUCGGGCCCCUGUGUACUUGCCCAAACUCAAAAAAGCCUAUGAAAAAGGUACCAGGGGCAUCUCUGUACAGAUAUCUCUGUCUCCCACACCUACUAUUCCAUGUCCACCUGCACACUGAAUACUUUCCUUAUUUAGCCCUGCUACCAGGGGUGGACUGACAACUGAUGGGGCCCCUGGGCAAUAGGGGAUCAUGGGGCCCCUGUGUCCUUGCCCAAACUCAAAAAAUCUAUGGAAAAGGUACUAGGGGCAUCUCAUGGGGCCCCCUACUGACCUCGGGCCCUCGGGCAGUGCCCGAGUUUCCAAAUGGUCAGUCCGCCCCUGCC